AGAUCUAUGCGCGGAACCACAUCAGCACACCGCCUCCAGCCUCCUUCGAAAGCCCCGAGCUCGUAACCUUUUUUCCCCCCGCUUUACUAUUCAUUGGAACCCAGCGAUUCUCCCCAUCCCCAUCCACGGUGCGCACUGUUCGCCCGUCGGUGGAGGAAGAAGGGGAGUGGGAGCCGAACUGUAAAAGCCGCCGGGUGGGGGAACCCGCACUCCGCCUCCUCUCAAAAUCGCAGAAACCCACAGGCCACAUCCUGAAAAACCCCUGGCCAAAGCCUCAGAUUUUGCAGCCGCCGCCGAAGCUGGCGUUCGCGUAGGAGGCUGCGCCCUCUGUCCUGGAUCCAUCCGGGUAAGCCAUGGCUGUGAAGGCGAGCUCCGUCGACAACAGGACCAGGAGCACGGUGUCCAUAUGCAUAGUCAUUGGCAUGUGCUGCUUCUUCUACAUCCUCGGAGCAUGGCAGAAGAGCGGGUUUGGCAAGGGAGACAGCAUCGCACUGGAGAUCACAAAGCGCACGGACUGCACCAUCCUGCCGAACCUCAGCUUCGACACACAUUCUAAAGUUGACAGCAGCUCCAGUGAUCUUGUUUUGCCGGUGAAGAAGUUCAAGCCGUGCCCUGAUCGAUACACGGAUUAUACCCCUUGUCAAGAUCAGAACAGGGCGAUGAAGUUCCCUAGGGAGAACAUGAACUACAGAGAGAGGCACUGCCCGCCACAGAAGGAAAAGCUGCACUGUUUGAUACCGCCGCCGAAGGGAUAUGUGGCUCCGUUCCCAUGGCCGAAGAGUCGGGACUAUGUUCCUUUCGCGAAUUGCCCAUAUAAGAGCUUGACAGUUGAGAAAGCCAUCCAGAACUGGGUUCAAUAUGAGGGCAAUGUGUUCAGAUUCCCUGGUGGAGGGACACAAUUUCCUCAAGGAGCAGAUAAGUACAUAGAUCAGCUGGCAUCAGUCAUUCCGAUCGCCAAUGGAACUGUCAGGACUGCACUUGACACUGGUUGCGGGGUAGCCAGUUUGGGAGCAUAUUUGUUGAAGAGGAAUGUCUUGGCCAUGUCGUUUGCACCAAGAGAUUCGCAUGAGGCACAAGUGCAGUUUGCCCUGGAGAGAGGUGUCCCUGCUGUUAUUGGUGUUCUGGGUACAAUAAAACUUCCUUAUCCAUCGAGGGCCUUUGACAUGGCACAUUGUUCCAGGUGUUUGAUUCCAUGGGGAGCAAAUGAUGGAAUGUACAUGAUGGAAGUUGAUAGGGUUCUAAGGCCUGGUGGCUACUGGGUUCUGUCUGGACCUCCAAUUAAUUGGAAGGUGAACUAUAAGGGUUGGCAGCGCACAAAGAAUGAUCUUGAAGCAGAGCAGAACAGAAUAGAGGAAAUUGCUGACCUUCUUUGUUGGGAAAAAGUCUCAGAGAAGGGUGAGAUGGCAAUAUGGAGGAAAAGGGUAAACACUGAGUCUUGUCCUUCUAGGCAAGAUGAAUCCACUGUGCAGAUGUGUGAAUCAACAAAUCCAGAUGAUGUCUGGUACAAGAAGAUGAAGGCCUGUGUGACACCCCUUCCAGAUGUAAAAGAUGAUAGUGAAGUAGCUGGAGGAGCAAUCAAGCCCUUCCCAGACAGGCUUCAUGCAGUUCCUCCAAGAAUUGCUAAUGGUUUUAUUCCAGGGGUUUCAUCUGAGGCCUUUCAAAAAGACGAUAAAAUGUGGAAGAAGCAUGUGAAGGCUUAUAGCACUGUAAACAAAUAUUUACUUAAUGGUAGAUACAGAAAUAUUAUAGACAUGAAUGCAGGUUUUGGGGGAUUCGCUGCUGCGAUAGAGUCCCCGAAAUCUUGGGUGAUGAAUGUUGUGCCAACCAUUGCGAAGAUGUCUACCCUUGGGGCUGUGUAUGAGCGAGGAUUGAUCGGCAUAUACCAUGACUGGUGUGAGGCUUUCUCUACUUAUCCAAGGACAUAUGAUCUUAUCCAUGCUAGUGGUCUUUUCACCUUGUACAAGAACAAGUGCAGCAUGGAAGACAUUAUCUUGGAAAUGGACCGCAUCUUGAGGCCAGAAGGUGCUGUCAUAAUACGGGAUGAUGUCGAUGUCUUGAUUAAGGUGAAUAGCCUUGCUCAGGGCAUGAGGUGGAACACAAAGAUGGUCGAUCAUGAGGAUGGCCCCCUCAUGCGCGAGAAGAUCUUGUAUGCUGUAAAGCAGUAUUGGGUUGGUGGAAAUCAGACGGCUGUAGCUUGAACCAAGGACGUUUCCAAGCUUCUAACACGAGAAAAAUCUGCAAUCCAACCUUUUCUGACGACCAAUUAGCAUAGGGAGUUAUCCUGUGGAAGGGAAAUGGCCCACUGUUGGGGUAGCACUGAAGCAGCCAAGAUACCAUUGCUUGCUGGAGAUAGCUGCAGCCACAUAAUGUUGUAACAAUUUUGUAAUUUUUUGAAGCCCCUCGUAUAAACUGGUUACUAUGUUCAAAAGCUUGCCCAUCUCACAAAAUUUCUUACGGAUCCCCGUACUGUUUUUUGUGUAGCCUCUUUUUGUAAUCGGUGGCAUGCAGAUCAAGGAGCACAUGUGCUUUGGAAAA